AUGUUGCUCCCGCUCCGUCGCAUCCACGGCCUCCUCCGCCGCUCCCUCUCCACCGCCGCUUCGCGCUCCGCCUGGGCGAUGAUCUACCGGAUCUCCACGGCGGAGGAGUCCGCGCGGGGCGCGUCCCUCUCGCUUGCCCCGCCCCCGCUCGUCUCCCACCUCACCAUCCCCAGGCAUGCCAUCGGUCUGGAACCCUUCCCGGACAACACCGACCGCGACCCCGUCAACUUCUUCAGCAGCGACGCCGCAGACCCCAAGCAGGGCGCCUCCUCGCCCCGUCCGCCCAGCACCGACCGCAACUUCAUCAACGUCUUCGGCAGCGGCGUCCUCGCCGCGAGCAGCGACGGCCUCCUCCUGUUCGGCACCUACAGGAACCGCGCCAACGCCUGGAGGAUGUUCGAGCACCAGCCACCUACCCCCGCCCCUUUCGAGGUCCUCGACCAGGUGUACGCGCGCUCCUUCUACGACCCGAUGCGGCUCGCGCGCUUCGUCUGCAACCCCGUCACCGGCGAGAUGGUCCGCCUCCCGGACUUCGACGGCACGGAGGACGCCUUCUCCGCCGCCACGGGCCUCCUCACCCAGGCCGACGGCGGGGGGCGCGGGCCGCCCAAGAGGUACGCCGCCGCGCAGCUCAGCCUGCUCGACGGUGGGCAGCGGUUCCUGUUGCGCCGGUUGUCGUCAGAGACAGGGGAGUGGGACGAGCUGGUGCUGCCGUCCCCGCUGCCGCCUGGGCGCCGGAUGCACAUGAAUCACGAGGUACUGGACUACGGGGGGCGGCUCUGGUGGGUGGACGUGAGCUGGGGCGCCGUCUGCGUCGACCCGUUCAGCGACCGGCCUGAGCUCUGCCCCGUCGAGCUGCCAGGAGACUUCAUGCUUCCCGACCAACAGGGCGAGGAAAAGAUGUGGCAGCUUGUCAAGCACCGCCGCAUGGGGGUAAGCGAAGGGAGGCUGCGGUUUGUGGAAGUUCGUCAGGAGGAUCCGUUCCAGAUUAAUUCCUUCACGCUGGACGACCAGAGUGGGCGCUGGAUGCUGGAGCACCAGGUGUCGUGGAGAACUAUCCACAUCGCAGCCAAGAAAACGCCUUCCAUUGCUGCUAUUGAUCCACUCAGCCUCGACUCACUGUAUCUUACUGUGCCCGUGGACAAAGGAUUCUGCAUUAGCGCGGACUUGCGCAGGGAGAGCCUGAUUGACGCAAUGGAGUUUGGUAGUGCCAUUCAUCCAAGAAAGUGCGAGUCAAGUUUCUUGCUGCCAUGUGUGCUCCCCUCAUUUCUCGGAUCAAGCCCGAUUCCAGGCAAGAAUGACGUCACAAAAAGAAAGACUCUGGCAGAUGUUCUGGUUCGUUCAGACAGGCACCCGAAGACCUGA